AUGGGCUGCACCUCCAGCAAAAAGACUGCGAGGCCUGAUGUGGAUGUUUAUCCCAUGGUGGGCAGCCGCUACUUGGUGACGAAACCCGCACGGUUGAUGGAGUCUCCAGUGCCAGACUCGGAGAUAUCGGCUACAAUCCAACCACAGGCCAAAGUGCUUGUUUUGGACACGGAGACGUCCGCAGGUUUUUGCCAUGCGCUAGCGGAAUCGCUAGGGAAGGCAGGCUGGCUUGCAAAGCCAAUUCCAGUCUCCUUGCGGCGAUUGAAGGGCUCCCGAGAUGUGCCAGGAAGAUACCGAGUCUUGGUGCCUGCAGCAUUGCAUUCCGCGCCAUCAAUGCGAAGUGAGGAGGAAGUCCAGGCGGAGAAGAAUGACGAGGUUGAGCUCCUUGAACUUGGUGUCAGCGAUGGCAGAGUCGUUGGACGAGUCAAGAUUUGCGGCAAAGCCGGGCUUGGCAGUGCCACCGGCUGUGUAGCUUUUGACGAGCCAAGUCCGCUUGACGCGGCAAACCUUCUGGGUCCAGAGGUGGCUGACCAGCCGCCGCUGUCAGCGACGGACACACCUCCAUGGCAGGUUGGAGAAAAAUAUCGUAUUUUAAAGACGCAGCCUCUUCAGAAACAGCCCGCAUCGCAGAGCCGCUGUUGCAAAUCGUUCUCUACCGGGCCCACGGCACUUCGCGGAUCUUUGGUAGAAGUUCUCCGACUGCAGGAAACCAAUGGUUUUUGGAUGCAAGUGAGCGUUUACGAUGGCCCCAAUCCUGGCAAAAGUGGCUGGAUUCGGAGCCAGCUCAAGGAUAGUUUGCUUGUCGAUCGCAGAGAGCAAUACAAGGUGCAAUUGGGAGAAGAUGUUGCGCCAGCUACACCAGGGAAGAGAGUCGUGAAGAGUCUUGACACGCUGGCUGCUUUUGAAGUUCCAGACCCAGCAGAGCCCGUCGAUGACGUGGACACGCAAGAGGAUUUUGCGGAAAGCAAACGAUUAUCAUGCGGAUACUGCGUUUGCCAGGUAGUGCCGCCCGAGAGGAACCAUCCAGCAACUGUGCAUCAUCACAGCGCAUUCGAACUACCAGCAUCUCCGUCCAAGCGUUUGGAAGUGCUAUCCCCUAUGGAACUGCAGCAGUGGCUUCGGGGCAUUUACCUGCGGUACAAUCCGAGCUUGCUUCCCAAGGUGCCAGAAUUUGUGGAAAGCCACAAAGGGAAGGAGUCCUCACUUGUUGAAAGCGUGUGUCGCAAGUAUAGAGUUUCACCACCCCGUGAAUGGUACAAAACCCAGUGA